AAGUGGCCAGUCAAAGUCAAGCCCACCAACGCCCUCGCUCGCCUCCAGACAUUUUUCUUCCAUCGAAUGCGCAGAGAAAAAGAGGAGUUCCCGAUUUCCUCUGUUCUUGGAACAGCGCAAGAGCACGAUGAAAUCGGAGACGGUGACUUUGGUGCUGGUGAAUCUGGCGUCCAUCAUGGAGAGGGCGGACGAGUCUCUGCUUCCGGGCGUGUACAAGGAGGUCGGUGCUGCUCUGCACAUCGAUCCGACGGGUCUCGGGUCGUUGACGCUGUUCCGCGCCAUCGUCCAGUCUGCUUGCUAUCCGCUCGCCGCUUACCUUGCGUCCCGCCACAACCGUGCCCACGUCAUUGCCCUCGGCGCCUUCCUCUGGUCCGCCGCCACUUUCCUCGUCGCUAUUUCCUCCACUUUCCUUCAGGUGGCGAUUUCAAGAGGCUUGAAUGGGAUCGGACUUGCGCUAGUAAUACCUGCAGUUCAGUCUCUUGUUGCAGACUCUACAGAUGAUAGCAACCGCGGGAUGGCAUUUGGAUGGCUGCAGCUCACGGGCAACAUCGGCUCCAUCAUCGGAGGGCUGUGUUCUGUUUUAAUAGCCUCAACAUCCUUCCUGGGAAUCCCCGGUUGGAGAAUUGCUUUUCACCUGGUCGCCAUCAUAAGUGUUGUCGUCGGUAUUUUGGUGCGGCUCUUUGCUAAGGAUCCUCGAAAUUCUGAUGACAAGAAUCUAGCUAAAGAGUCCUUCUGGUCAGCACUCAAGAACCUGGUUAAAGAAGCCAAAUUGGUGAUGAGGAUCCCAUCAUUUCAGAUAAUAGUGGCUCAGGGCGUGUCUGGGUCAUUCCCGUGGUCAGCUCUUACAUUUGCCACAAUGUGGUUGGAACUCAUUGGCUUCACUCACAUUACAACAGCAUUCCUCAUGACAAUGUUCAUUGUCGCUGCUUCACUUGGUGGUCUCUUCGGAGGCUGGAUGGGGGAUAUGCUCGCCAAACGCCUGCCCAACUCGGGUAGAAUAAUCUUGUCGCAGAUAAGUUCUGGUUCAGCGAUUCCUUUAGCUGCAGUUUUGCUCCUGGCAUUGCCUGAUGACCCUUCCACAGCCUUCAUGCACGGUCUGGUUCUGUUUAUCAUGGGUCUGAUCAUAUCCUGGAAUGCCCCGGCUACGAACAAUCCAAUAUUUGCAGAGAUUGUCCCUGAGAAAUCCAGAACAAGCAUCUAUGCGCUGGAUCGCUCCUUCGAGUCCAUCCUAGCAUCAUUCGCUCCCCCAUUGGUCGGGAUUCUGGCUCAGCGUGUUUACGGGUUUAAGCCAAUUCCCAAGGGAUCAUCCGACUCCGUAGAGAUAGAAACAGAUAGGGAAAACGCCGCAUCGCUUGCGAAAGCCCUUUACACAGCCAUCGGAAUCCCAAUGAUGAUCUGUUGCCUUAUCUACUCUUUCCUCUACUGCACGUACCCGAGAGAUAGAGACCGCGCAAGAAUGACUGAGCUGAUUGAAUCGGAAAUGCAGCAGAUGGAGGUCGAUAGCCCUCGCUCCGAAGAAAGCCUGGACGGCCUUGGUACGGUAAAGUCGAACGGCGGUUAUGAGAAGGAGAGGAGCGUGAUUGACAUCCAUUACGGAAUGGAGGAAAGUAUUGACUUGGAUGAAAAUGACGAAAGAUCCUUGCUUUCGAGGCAGCUUACCUCUGUGGACGACCAAGAAUGAUGCAAACCUGCAAUUCUUGACCCUUCAA